UGACGUGCGCGCACUUAUAUCAAUAAGCGGUGCAGUCUAGCGAACUCAAAGCGUUUUGUAACUUCUGCAAAGGAAACCUCACUAAAAGAUCCGUGAUAUAAACUUAUCUUUUGAAGGUUUUCAUUUGAUAUUUCUGCGCGAUGUUUUCAUUGAUGUUAGUGACGAUUGUCGUGAUUUUUGGAUCACAACAACAUGCAAUGGCCGAGGAUAGCAGCGUUCCUUCCAGAUCUAAACGCUCGGUUGGAGUUAGUGAAGUAUUUGCACUUGAUCACUUUAUUGAAGUAGUGGAGAAAAUUGAGCAAAAGCUGCCUCAGAAAUCGCUGAAAGACAUAGCAAACUCGAUACGCAAACUUGGAUACGAUGACAAGCUUUGGCAAACUCUUAUUGGAACUGCCGAGUCACUUCCAAGCGACGCCUUGUCCGAAAGCGAAAAACAAUUCCUCGAAAAGGCCGUCAUGCAUGGUGUGACCGAUAAAUACGAGAACGGUGUAGUACUGAAAAGCGCGGGAGAAGCAAUCGCAAUAGGUCACGUGAUCAAUGGCAUAUGCGCAGGGCUUGACCGAAAAACAAGUGUUUCUCUGAAGGACUGGGAACCAACUGCCUCAGAUACAGUUGACAAUUUAUACGCAGCCACCAUCGCUAGGGAUCUUGGGAUAUCAAUUUUGUUCAAAAAGAAUGGAGGGAGUACUUCGUACUUUGGACCGGGAGGCAGCUGGGAGCCUAGUGAGGAGUGUCCAAAUAAAUUCAGAAAGCCAGCUGCAGCCGAGUUUACAAAAGCCACAAACGCUCAACUCUUGGGAGACAUGGACGGGUUCAUUCUCGGGUCAAAGGUCGCUGAAUGGAGUAGCAAGGGCGUGCGUUUGGGACAGCUAUUGCGCAUGUACUAUUCCACGGGAGCCUGUUAUGAUACGACAUUCGCUAGUUGUAACCGGUAUGACAAGUUUUCAAAACUGGUCAAUCAGGAUGUUCUGCUGACGCAAGUGAUAAGGUUUGCGAAUGCUGAGUACUUGAAGAACAAUGGAAGUUACCCUGGAGUGAAAGUGGAUGAUAUUAGGGUGGAAGCGGACGCAAUGAUUUCUGGGUUGUCACGGUACCUCGAAAACAUACAUGGAGAACAAGUGUGCAAAACCAUAGGUUGUGAGUUGCCUUCAAACCUUGUGUUUCUGAUGGACGAAUCCGGGAGCAUAUCAGCGGCUAACUACAACAUACAGAAGGACUUUGUCAAGAAAAUUAUCGGCGCUUUUAACAUUUCUCCUCGGCAAACGCGUGUUUCGGUUGUCGAGUUUUCCAGUGAACCACGACUGUCAAUCAGCAUCGACGAGUACAACUCUAAAACAAGGCUCAAGUGUGCUGUCGGGUCACUUCUUUUCGAAAGUGGAGUGACGCACACUGGGAAAGCGCUAAAAUUUGUCCAAGACAAUGUAUUUGAGCCCAUCCAAAACUCAUCUGAAAGUAAGGGAAAUGCGAUGAAUAUAUUGGUUCUCUUGACUGAUGGCAAGUCAAAUGACCCUGAUGCUAACCUGUUGGCCAAUUCGGUGCGAAACAUCAAGCGAACCAUCAAAGAUCUAACUAUAAUAUCAGUUGGUGUCGCCGAUUACGAUUUGAAGGAGCUCGAGUUUAUCGCCACUGAUCCAAGCAAACACGUAUUCACAUCAAAUAACUUUGAUAAUCUCCUGGGUCUCGUUAACCAACUCCAGAACAGGACAUGCUCAACUGCCUUCGAACUUGAGUUGGAUUUUACAAUAACUGAGGUGAAUGCAGUGAUCACCGCGUAUGUGUCACCAGGCAGUGUACGGUACUUCAUGCUACCAGCCAAACGAUUCGCAGGAGUCAUGAAUAUCAAUGUAAAGGUAAGACUACACCAUCAACAUUAUUGCAUCACGCAGUCACAUGCAUGA